AUGUCAUCUCCAGAUAGCUGCUCAGAUGUGGAAAUUUAUCCCAAGUGCUACAGAGAACUGGUUGAAUCCCACACAGAGCCAGAAGGUCCAAGAAUUAACCCCGUUGCCCCAAAUAAACAUUUUAUUCGUGACACAAACCAGCAGGUUCUAGUCCUGGAAGGCAGCACUCUUGUGGCAGUUCCAGACAAGCUCGGCAAACGUGGAGAGACCUUUUAUGUGUCAACUUUACCCGAAAGAAAAGCCAGUGGCUCAAAGGCAAAUCGUAUUGUUUUGGCUGUAUCUAAAAGAAAACUCUAUCUCUGCUGUGAAAGAGUCAAAAGGCCAAAGUGUCCCUCGUUAGAAUUAAAGAAAAUUAAAGAACUGAGUUCACUGAGCCAUAAGAAGCUCCUGCCCUUCACCUUCCUGAAGGAAAAGGCUGGCUCCUACUUCACACUGGAAUCAGCUGCUAAUCCUGGGUACUUUGUCUGCACCUGCAGUGCACCCAGGCAACCUGUUGGAGUGACAAAGGAGUUGGGGAAACAGAAAAAUACCCAGUUUGAAUUUGUAAAUGCAACUAUGGAUCAGUGA